AUGAAAAUGAAGCUUCAAUCAACAACGACGAUUUUGAUCUGUAUAUCUACAUUGUUGCUGCUGUUGCGCGGAGGGGCAGGGGAAUCGGAACGAGUUUUCUAUGACUGGGUUGUGUCUUUCUCCACACUUGCUCCUCUAGGCGUGGAAAAGCAGGUGAUUGUGCUCAAUGAUCAGUUCCCUGGACCAACGUUGAAUCUAACAACAAACGACGUCGUGAACAUCAAUAUCCACAAUAACUUGACAGAUCCAUUUCUCAUGACAUGGAAUGGAGUGCAAAUGAGGAGGAAUUCAUGGCAAGAUGGGGUGCAGGAGACUAACUGCCCAAUAUUGCCUGGCCAAAACUGGACUUACAGUUUCCAAGUGAAGGAUCAGAUCGGGAGCUUCUUUUACUUCCCUUCACUCUUCCUACAGAAGGCUGCAGGUGGAUAUGGUGCAAUCAGAGUCAAUAAUCGGGUCGUUAUUCCCGUUCCAUUCCUUCGACCAUACAAAGAGCAUGAUGUUCUGAUUGGAGAUUGGUACAACGCAGACCAUCGAGACCUGAGAGCUUCACUUGAUGUAGGUGGCACACUUCCUAAGCCUGAUGGAAUUCUCAUCAAUGGAGCAGGGCCUAAUCAAACAGUCAUUGAUUUUGAACCAGGAUUUGUGUACAGGCUAAGGAUUUCAAAUGUGGGUUUAAGAACAUCAUUGAACUUCAGAAUUCAGGACCAUUGGAUGUUGUUGGUGGAGGUUGAAGGGUCUUAUACUGUACAACAAUAUUAUGAUUCUCUGGACAUCCAUGUUGGCCAAUCUUACUCUGUUUUAGUCACUGCCAAUACGAACCAAUCUUCCUUCUACAUGAUCGCAAGUUGUCUUUAUACAUCCGACCAGUUGGCCGGUGUUGCUAUUAUUCACUAUCCGGACUCUCAAGGAGAUCCAUUUGGCCCUUUUCCACCAAGGCCGGACUCUUUCGAUUACCUUCCAUCAUUAUGGCAAGCUCGCUCGAUCAGGUGGAACUUGUCAGUAGGAGCAGCUAGACCGAAUCCCCAAGGUUCCUACCAUUAUGGAAGCAUCAACAUCUCUCGUACACUCGUUCUCGAGAAUGGUGUAAUGGAAGAGGAAAACAGAAGAAGAUACACUGUAAAUGGAGUUUCAUUUGUGCAUCCCUCCACACCAUUGAAGUUAGCAGAUUAUUUUCAAUUCACUGUUCCUGAUACUCCAUUGAGUGCAAGCAACCCUUUAUUGGGUACUUCCGUUAUCGAUGCGCCGUACAAAGAUUUCUUCCAUAUUAUUUUUCAAAACCCUCUCGAAACCUUACAGACAUGGCACCUUGAUGGCUACAACUUCUUUGUUGUGGGCAUGGAUUAUGGGGUAUGGAAUGAAAGUAUGAUGGAGAAAUACAAUAUGGUUGAUGCUAUUUCGCGCUCCACAGUUCAAGUGUAUCCAUUGUCAUGGACUGCGAUACUGGUGAAGUUGGAUAAUUAUGGAAUAUGGAAUCUGAGAUCACAGAAUGCAGAAAAAUGGUAUCUUGGGCAAGAGCUGUACUUAAGAGUUCAUGGAAAGGAGAAUAGCCCAAGAGAUGUUUCCACAAGGGACGAAGCUCCAAUUCCUGCAAAUGUUAUUAUGUGUGGUAGGCUCUUAAAUCAGACUCUUGCAAUUUAUUGCUGGAAAGGGCAGAGACAGAUGAAGGGGAAGCAAGUAAUGGAUUUGGUCCCUUAUACCUCUUCAUCUUCUGUAAUACUUCUGCUUGAUCCUCCAGAUGGGGAUAGGCCUUGA